GUCGAGAGUAUUGGUAUUAGAAUUUUAUUUUCGUCCGUGUGCUCGUCGCCGGUUCAGUCCGAGACUUUUGUGCCGUUACGGUUUUUUUUUUUUUUUUCAAUAUAAUAAUAUAUCCGCACGGUUGUUUUCCAUCGUUCGCGGGCUUCACGGACGACCGUUGUCAUCAUGCAAAACUUCACGGAACGCGCUCCCGACAACGUCGCUACCAAACCGACGAACAGUAAGUCCGGAUUUAGGGUUUUUUUUUUUUUUUUCUAUCCGUCUCAACUCCUACAAUAGGCGGUCAAUUAUAUCCUGGGCCACCGUUCAAGUCUCCCUCCCCUUCUCCCCUCCCCGUUAACAUUAUGUAUUAACUAUUCGUUCCGUUUGGUACCGUCAUCGACGCGCCCAACUAUUUUUGUCGUUUAUAUUAUUUCUAGCGGUAUUUUUUAAUCCACAUAGCGGGUUUUUUUUUUUUUUUUAUAUUUCCGUAGACGUCUCCGGUGUAUAAAAAAAUAAAAGCGUUUAACAAAUUGGAUUUUCGACGGAACUAUAGGUCGAUUUCAUUAUAAAUUCAUGGUGAUUUUUCGGUAUCGAAUAUCGGAAACGAAUCAUAUCGGCUUGCUACAUACUUAUUUCAAAAUGUGUAAACUGCCAAGUAUAGGUAAUUCGAGUCACAUUACCUGUACGUUACGAAUAUGUUUUAUUGGCAGAAAAACGUAUCACGUGGUAAAAAUAAAAUCCAAAGCAAUUUGACAAUAAUUACAAUAAUUCUUUACGUAUAUACAAAAUAUUAUAUUUGGACGGAAAAGCUGUUGUUUGAAAAUAAAUAUUUUAUAGUGUUAAUAGGGCUCGCGACUUUUAACGAAUUGUGUAAAUUAACAAUCAACAAUUUACAAAUCUCAAAGAAUAGUUCGAUCAGUUUGGAUUUUAUUUUAUAUUUAACCACAUUCGAUUUUUUUCCUCUUAAACUAUAGGAAAAACACUCGUGUUUCGUAGAACGGUUCGACCUUUUUUUCCAAACCCCCCCCCCCCGCUCAUCGGAAAGACGAAAAUUUCGUAUAGAACUUCGAUUUUUAAUUACGCGUUUAAAAAUAUAAUUUUCAAAAUCCAAGACUAUGCGCUCUGUAAGAAGUUUUGUUUUUCUCGAAAUCCCGAAAACGAAAACGAACGAAGCUUUUUCCUACAAAACAGAAACACAAAAGAACCGGUCGCACUGAGGCAUAUUUAAUACGCACGGUAGUAAUAACGAUAGUUGAUUUUUUAAUUUAACCGAUUUAUACAAAUUAUUUCGUUUUCAAUUUAAGUAGUUAUUAUUAAUCACUCGAUUUCAAUUAAAAUUAUAAUAAUAUUGAAAAUUGGAUUUUACCGCAUUACUGUAUAACGCUUGAUGUGCAGGUAUCGGUUAUUUAUUAAAACAAAAGAACAAAAAAAAAAAAUAAAAAAAAAAUAAGAAAACCAAUAAAACAAUAAUACGAUGAAUGUAUUAAAUAAUAAUCACACGUUGAAAUCGAUUGAAUGUGUUGAAUGAAUCAUAAAAUAAUAAUAGUUAAACGUGUAACUGUAAUUGGUAUUGUAAAUUUGAUUUUUAAAUUUAUUAAAUCAUUAACGUUAACAAUAUCACGCGCUACGACCGUAUACGGAUGACUUUACGGGAGGCGUGCGUUUUAAAAAUUAAAAACGAUUUUUAAUAUAUCUAAGGUGUUUGACUAAACCGAAUAGUUUCUAAUGGAACUAAGUGAAAACUAAAGGUGUACUGGAGUCGUUAUUUCAAUAAUUAAGUACCUAUCAAUAUUAACCUGAAAUUUCGAUUUGAAGUUAGGUUGCGCGUUUAUUAUAAUAUACUUACUAUAGUGGUUGUGUUUUAAAUGUUUAUUUUAUACGGACGCGUGACAGAAAACCACAGGCGAUUUAUUUAUUUUUUAUUCGAAAACAUGAUGUAAUAAUAUUUAAUUACCGUGAUAAAAAUUACACUACUUCCGAUUGGCUAUUCAAUCAUUAGCCUAAAGUAAGUCGACCGAAAUAUCUAACGAAUACAUUAUUAUCGAUUAACUUUAUGACGAUUUGCGUCUAUAAUAAAUAAAUAAUGUUCGGAAUUGCCUUAUUUUAUUGAAAUUUAAACAGCGUUAUCCUGCAGGCACGUACAGUGCUCGAAUCGGGAGGAAAAAUUAAUACGCGGCUGCUAGUCUGAUUUCAAAAACCUGCAUUGCUACAGAUAAACGUUACAAUAACCCGAGAAGGACUUUGUCUAUCUAAAAUAAUUUUUACUACUCACAAAUAAUUUAUUCAGCAAUAAAUAUAUAAAUAUACUUAUAUAUUUACUGCAUGUUUAGCGGCUAACAUGGGCACCCUUAAGGGCGGGAGGGCAAAAGGGAUCAGUGCCCUCAAGGGAUUUUCAACUGUAUGCACAUAAAGUAUUUGUAGAAUAAUACGUUUUCGCCGUUUUGCCCCGGGUGAAAUUUUAUCCUGCGAGCGCGCUCGGCACCCCGGUCGCUUUUUUUUACAAUAUACUGGAAUUUCGAGUACCAGAUUUCACAUUUCGUACUGUACACAUUGGGCUCUAAAUCAUAUUAUUUUUAGUACCUGCAGUGAGCUAGUGUAAUCUAUGAGAUAGGGUUGAUAAAAAGAAAAAAACUGUCAUUUUAUUAUGUAUUCGAAGACUAGUCUGUAAACGCCAUAGUAAAACCAAUACAUUCACUCUGAAUAUAAAAGAUAUUAGACUUUUAGGUUGAUCUCUAGAGUAAAGAAAAAGUGGAAAGUAAAAAAUUGAAAAUUUCAAUUUUGUUCCCAGUUCCGAAAAUUAAUUAAAUUAAUCGAAUUUAAAUUUUGGAGAACAGUACAAAUAUUAACAGGUCAUGUUGUACAAAUAAAAACAGACGCUUUCCAUAAAAGCUUACCGAUAAAAUUCUCGGGUUAAUUAAAUGAAGUAGUAGGUUAUUAAAAAAUGAGAACCUUUGUUCCCCCUUCCAUUACAAUUCGAGUGCGGUUUACGUAUAUUAUUUUACUUUUCCGUAGUAUGUUUGUGAAACUCAAAUUAAAUAAUCACAUAAGACGAUAUGAAUAAAACCGUAGACUUGAAAGCAGACAGACAGACGGACUUUCAAUUUUAUACAUAAUUUAGUAUUAUAAUAAUACACUUCCUUACUUCUAUAUUAGACAAGUAAACAUAUCAACAUUAACUCUGUUAAGUAUUGUCCGCUCGAAAUUUGUAAAAGCGAACUUGUGUACGCUUAAAUAGAUGUUACGCGUGUUUUCGGUAUAAAGCUCGCGGGAUUACAAUGACAAUUGAUUCCAUAAACAACAAAAUCGACUAAUUUUAUGUUAAGUUAUCAGUUCGGAGGUGGGCACACAGUUUACAACAGAAAACUAAUAAAAAUAUCAAAAACCGGUUCUCUUGUCUCGUCUUUUCUAUACGGUCUUGCAAUGUUCGUCUUCCACAGAAACUCACUAAACACCGCCGUAAAAAAUGUGUGUGUGUUUUUUUUUUUAUUUUAUCGAUUUUCUGCAGAAUUAUGUCUCGAUCAUCUCAUCUCUAUAAUGCUUCGGAGGUUUCUAGAACAAACGGUUCGUCUGAAACGCGAUUUUUUUGAUAUAUAUGUGCUCAGUAUUGUAUCUGCAUAACCAGACGCUUUUAUUGAACCGUUUGAUUGAUUAUUUGGGAUAAUUUUUUAAAAGCGUGGCGCGAUAUAAGGUUAUUUACUGCAGACACUCCGUGUAAUCAUGUGCUAAUUACCGAAUGUUUUUUUUUCUCCCUUCCCAAUAUGCCGUCGAGCUAUAACGACACUGGUAUCUAAACGAGUAGUCGAGUAUUGUCAUUAUUGUUAUUAUUAUUAAUGUUUUGGAAUUUCCGAUGGUUUUAAAACCGUGGGACGAUUUUUAUCGAUUAUUUAUGAAAAAAAAAAAAAGCGCAGGACUCUAGGUGGGCGGACGGAAGGGACGGGGGUUUCUGAAACGAGCGGUCCGAUUAAUCACACGUAUAAACGACCCUUGGGAAGAAAAAAAAUACAAUCGAAACGCGGCGGACAGUACGGUAUACCUAUGCGGAAAACGGGGAAAACAUCACUGUCAAUAAUUAUGCUCGAACCAUAUGCGUCCGGCGCGAUAGCGGUGCGCACGUCAUCGGCCUGCCGCACAAUAUUACCUACCCCGGAAAAAAAAACACCCCCCCCACCACCGAACGGUUCUCACAGUGAAACGCGUAUCGCCCGCAGCGGUUGCACGGUAUAUUCGUGUUGUUAUCGCCGGUGAUGUAUUGAAUUUUUCACGUGACCGUGUAGAAACUCGGCGGUUCGUGCAGGUAUUGUUAUACGCGAAACGAGCCGCGCAGAUGACGUCCCCCGCACGCUAAUUACGCGCGCGCCCCGUUCGCCGCGUUGUUUGUCGCGCCGCGCGGCAGCAGAGGGUGUGCCGCGCACUUGUUCCGCCGCGUGGUAUAUGCGCCGUCGCGCGGGCAGAGGGGAGGUGCCGGCGGUAGGGGGGGGGGGCGUAACGCGGACUUCCGGAAGACCUGUUGUUUCCUGCGUCUUUCCGCGGCGAGCGUCGGUGUUGUUGUUAUAACAAACUGCAGCGCGGAACCGGAACCGCCGGAUCAAAACAACGUUAAUAAAACGCAUAAUAAAGACGACCACCCCGUCGGUUCGUACUGCGCGCUGGCGGCGGAAAAACAUUUUCGGAAGUCGUCAGGUGCACGCGCGCGCCUGUAUGCGGUCCAUCUGGUGGUCCCGCGCGCACCGAGUACUACGGUGCAGGGGAAUUCGUCGGUCAUUAAUUUGCGGGUCAUCAUCGCAUUAUACGACAAUUAUUAUUGUACAGCUAUUGACGCGUUCCCAUCACGUCCCGCGUUACUACAUUGCACGCGUCACGUUAUUCCCACGGACUUUUUUUUUUUUUUUUUUUAAUGGUGAUCGUUUUUUUUUUUUUUUAGGCCGGAUCCUCUACGAUAUACCGUGCAAGGUGUGCAAAGACUUUUCGUCCGGCAAACAUUACGGGAUAUACGCGUGCGACGGAUGCGCGGGAUUUUUCAAAGUGAGUACACUGUGUUCGAUAAUAUUGGAUUAGCGCGAAUCCAAGCCCGGAUUAGGACGUUUAGAGGCCCUGGGCAUAGAUCUUCAUAAUAUAGAUCUCAAUUCAUAAGCCACAAGUAUUAUUUAAAUAAAGAAAUAUAUUAUUUUUAACAAAGUUACUACAUAGCAGUUUCUACUAUACACAAUAAUACGGAUUAAAACACGAAGCCAUCAGCGGGCAACGAAAAAAACAUUAAAAUAUAAAAGUACAAAGUUAAUGGUUAAAUGCGCGUAAAAAGAAAAUAUUAAACUGUGGCAAAAACUGAGGCUUUGGGAGUCUGGUGGACCGCGAAUAGAGCUGUAGAAUAGUAAAUGAAAAUGGCAAACGAAUUCGAAUCUGGCGCAAGACCUGAUUAACCAAUAGACUGAAUAGCCUUGGGUGCCAAUCGGUUAAUGUUAAAUGGGGGGGGGGAAGCACCACAAAAACCAAUUUUAUUUUUCGAUUGAUUUCUUUCGAAAAACUCGCAGUUCUGUUUAUCAGUGACCAUAGGCGUGUAGCCUGUUUUAGAUCUUAUUAAGACUUUUUUUUUUAGAGGAUGUGACAAUUUAUAGGGAACGGUUGAUUUAAGAAAAUUUGGCGAUGAAAAAAAAAAAAAAAACAAAGACAUCGCCAAAUCAUCUCCAACCUACUCAUGGCAAACCCAUUAAUCAGUGCUUUAUUUUUCUAAUCGGAUAUCGACAAACUUAGUGUUUUCGUCGAUUUCGAUACGACGAGUUCUCGCUCCGAUCGAUUCAUGCGAAACAUUUUUUCCGCGUUAAUAAGUAGCAGAAUUAAACGAAAAACACUUACGCAUAAUAGUAAAACCAACGAGUAGAACCAAAUACUCGUUUUCCGGUUUGAAUUUGGAAUCCGGCGCAGACUUAUAUAUUAUACGAACAAUCGAAUGGAGGUUGUUGCGGCUUACAUUAUUUAAAAUCAUAAAAUAUUCGAAACCUAAUUGGAUUUUUUGAUCGUUUCAGAGAUCUAUUCGACGUAAUAGACAAUAUAUUUGCAAAUCGAAAUCGGAAGGCGCGUGUCCGGUGGACAAAACGCACCGGAAUCAGUGUCGAGCUUGUCGGCUCCGCAAAUGCGUGUUGUCGGGCAUGAACAAAGACGGUGAGUACCGACAAACGAAAAACGUUCGCCGUUUGUCAAGGAAAUUUAUAUUUAUCUUUGUAUUGUGUCAUUUGCACAUUAAAGCCGUCCAACACGAACGCGGUCCCAGGACUUCGACGGUCCGUCGACAAUUGCAAGGACUGUGCUAUCCGAACAAAGACCGGUCGGCCAGUAAUUCGCCGCCGUUGGAUCUGACGCCCAAAAGAUCGCCCGAAUGUUCGUCGACCACGUGUUCGACGCCGUCCAACAGAUACGUUCCCGACUCGCAUUUGUACCUGCAAUCGGCUUUCAGACCGCAGGUAAAUAUAAUAAUAUAUAGGCCGAAAAAAAAAAAGUCUAAUAAAUCUAAAACGUCCCGAAAAAAGCCGAACAUAUGUCUCAGGGGGCAGUACGGGUGUUUCGGGCGGGAAUUAAUUAAAAUUUGAAUUAAUUGAUUGUUUAAUUCGUGCGUGACGAUAAACGUCGAACGAUUCUGAGCGAUGUUUUCGGUGAUAAAUUUAAAACGAAAAUAAUUAAAUUGAUUUUGAAACUACAAAAUAAAAUUGCAAUCGAUUGCGUUUCUAUACCGAUAAUUUCAUCGAAAAUUCGGAUUGGAAACGACCGCGAAAAUAAAUGAAAACAUUGUUAUUUGUGUUUAAAAAAAAGGUGUUCCUAAGUAAAAACAUUUUAACCAAUAGGCAUAUGUAGCCUUUUUUAAAUGCCGAGGUGGGUUGAAUCGCUAAUCUCUCCCCCCCUCAAUACAGUGCACGUGCCUGCAUAGCGUUUACCCUAAUAUUAACGGUUUUCUCUCAGAUGUCGCUGACUCCGGGAUUCUUCAACGCCAUGAGACUCACGCAAGCCGUUUACGAGACGGCCGCUUCGAUUCUGGUCACGGUUUCGACGGUGAAAAGUUUCCCGGCCCUGAUGACGCUACCUUUUAUCGAUCAAGUAAUUAUUGUUAUUAUUAUGUAUUAUCUCAGUCGUAUUUUACGAGACACAUAAAUUACUCAGGUUUUAUAUGUAAUACGGUUUAUUUUAUAAGCGUGUGUGUGUGUGUUUUUUUUUCUCUCGAAAAGUUUGAUCUACUCCGCGAGAGCUGGCACGAACUGUUCGUCUUGACGGCUGCGCAAUUUUUUUCGGACACCGAUAUUUCUUUACUGCACGAAGAGCACAGAUCCAACUUCGGAUCGGUGCCGGACAUGGAGGAACAGAGCGCUCGGUUCAAGGAAACGUUGGCCGCGAUUAAACUUCGACAAGUCCAUCCGAUCGAACAGUACCUGCUGAACGAAAUCAUAUUGCUAAAAUCAGGUAAAAAUUCCACUUUGAUCGCUAUGCAAUUUUUCUUUUUUUUUUAACGAUAAACAGGGUGAUUUUUUUUAUCAUGAACCAGCAAUUAUCUCGGAGUUUUUUAUUUGAAAACCAUAAGUAUAUUUUUAUUUAAGGUAUCUGGAGUAGGGGUAAGCAAUUAAAAAUGGUUAUAAAAUAAAAUUUAAACGAUCCCAUAAUGAUUAGAAAAAACAGAAAUCAAAUCAACUGAAAAACUCCGAGAUAAUUAUUGGUUCAUGAAUAAAAAAAAUCACUAUCUAUAAUAUAGACACCAGAAGUUUUGUCUAGGAACUCAUAGCUUACGAGAGACCUGUUUUUAGGCUUAAAAACAUGCUAUACAGGAAACAUUAUCAUGCUAUCAUCGUAAACCAAUUUCGAAGUUUUUUUUUAAAGAGGCCUUACAAGGUUCUAUCGGAUUUUUAAAAUUAUUUUAAUGAACGCCAUAGUAGGAAUUUGUACAUGAGUACAUAACUAAUUGUUUACUGUUUUCCGCAUAGUUACCAUAGUUACGGCCGUUGAUUUUGUUGACAAACAAUUAUAUUACAGUAUUUCUAACAUCGUCAUCAUUGUUAUUAUUAUUAUUAAUUUGAUUAUAAAUUCGUAUUGUUAUAGUUAUCACUUAUCAGUUUAUAAAUACGAGUGUUAAAUACGGAUGCGUAUUACCCCAUAUUGAAAAAUAGACACCAAAAUAUAAGUAACUUAAGUAAUUUUUUAAAAAUAUCCGGUCAACUUUAUUUACAAAUUAAUAGUUAUUCAAUGCAUUUAGAUUUGUACGCAUAACACAUAACACGCGACUAGGUCACCGAAUUCGUUUGACAUUGCGUAAGGAAUUAUAUAUUAUAGUUAAUUGUUUAAACACAUAGCUUAGAAACAGGAAACUCUGCAUAUUCGCACAGCUAGUUAUCCUGACUCGUUUGGUUGCAUAAUCGAAAAUCAAAGUCCGAUGCGCUAAGGAGAAAUUUAAUAUCCUCUUUCCUACAAAAAAAAAAAAAAAAAAACAAAAAACAAAUGAUCUGAAUCGGAUCGUGGUACGAGUCAUAAUGAGAGAUUUUAGUGAAAACACGUGUCGCGGCGCGCAAGCCUCUCGGCAUAAAAAUGAAAACCGAUAGACUUAAUUUUUCAGAAUAUUCGAAAACUGUAAUUGUUUAAAAAAAAAAAAAAAAAAAAAAAACACGAACACGGUCCAACAUAAAAUAAUAUCGAAAUCUACGCCGAAAAAUGUACAAUAUCGGCACUCCGAUUUCGAUACGUUCGACCAGGACCGCCGGGUAACCGGGAAUUUACCGGCGGGCCCUUGUCAUGUAGGCAUCUUGAUCCGUACACGUUUUCCUACUUAAAUUCUAUUAGAUUACCAAUUGUAAUCUUUGUGAUUUCUUAGGUAGGUAUAGGUAGGUAGAUAGACUGGACCGGCGUGAAGAAUGAUUUGCGUUUAUAAGUGGAGCGCAAAUUUAAUAAUUCCCCGGUACAAAAAAUAGAACCCAGUGCGCGCCCGCGUUCGGCCGAGUUCCGUAAAAUGUUAACGAAAUUAUAAUUCACGUCGCAGAGUCCGCCAAACACCGAGGCCGUCCCGAGGAGACCGAGACCAUUUUGGACGGGCUGUCGGACAAGAGCAGAGAGGCGCUCAGACGGCACGUGCACCACGUGCACCCGGUCCGGCCCGAAGCCCGUUACGACGAACUCAUCGAGAUCCUGCCCCGCGUCCGGUCCGUGCCCAAGGACACCGUGGUCGAGCUGUUCUUCCGGCGGACGAUCGGCCAGACGCCCAUCGAGCCGUUCGUGUGCGGCACGUACACCAAUUAUCUGCAGACCGCGCCGCACCUGCAGACCAUCAUCAGCAAGGCCAAAAUUUGCCACUGUUUGCAGUGAACGGCUAUAUGACAACGUAUUGUAUGUACACGAUGCAUUUACCGUUUCCGUGUAUACAUACAGUGGAUAUCACGCGCGUAGUGACGGCAGUCGGGUAAUAUCUUAGGUUAGGUUGAAAAUAAUAUCGAUCGGAAUGACCGAUACCGGGCGGCCAUUUUGAAUUGAACGGUGCCGAAUUCGUCGGCACGUUCGACCCGAACCCGAUUUAAGAAUAAGUCGCGUCGGUCGAUUUCCUUUCUUUUUUAGUCCGUAUCGACUAUACACGCGCAUAAUAUAUAAGUCAAGUUAAAAGUUAUUAUGAGCAUAUGGUUAAAAGUUACUUUUGUAUUUUCGUAUUGUAUCUUGAUACGGCGCGAAUGCAAGCUAAAUGUUUCAAAUAACGUCAUCAACUGUUAACUACCAUUCUUUAUCAAUACGACUACUUACGAGCGCCAUACGUAAAUCGAGCAAAACGAUUCAAUUAUUCAAACAAUGCGGGUGAUGUUGGAUUUUAUUCGUUUUGUCCGUGGAUAUUAGUUUUGAAACGUAUGCGUCGACGACUCGAGUUACUCGACAAAAAAAAAGAAUAAGAGUAACGCGUCACUAUAAUAUUAUAAUUACGAGUUACCAACGGGGGGGGGGGAACUGUAUGUCGAUGACUCAGAAGUGAUAAAGUAACGGUUAAUUUGUGCGCAUAACUUUUUGACUGCAUAUUAUUAUUGUUUAGUUACACUGGACAGUAGCUUUUUGUCUUUACGUGUCGUUAUGAUAUGAUAAUAUGACCGAUGACGCUGUGCACCGGGUGAUAUCCGCUGUAGACGUAUAUUGUAAAUACUGUAUUAAUAAUUAGACGUUAUCUGGCUAAAACGAUGUGAUAUUAGGGGGGAGGGGGAAAGUUAAAUAAAGGAUAAACCAUUGUAAAUAGUAAUAUUAGGUAUCUGUCAUGUUAUUCGUUUUCGCCGCAACAGGGUUUGAUUAUACGAAACAAUAUUUUUGAAUACAUAUAUAUAUAUAUAUAUAUUAUUAUUAUUAUAAUGUACCUAACGCUAUGAUUGUAUAUUAUUAUUAUUAUUAUUUUUACUAUUAUUAUUUCGAGCACGUUUCGCACACGAA